AUGGAUGAGAAAAAUUUCACCAAGGUGAAGGAGUUCAUCCUUUUAGGGUUUACAGCAGACUUGGGCUUACAGCGAGUGCUCUUUUUCAUCUUCCUCAUCAUUUAUGUGAUCGGUCUUUUAGGGAACAUCACCCUGAUUUCUCUGAUCUCUGCUGACUCUCGGCUGCACAUACCCAUGUAUUUUUUCAUUGGAAACCUGUCCUUCCUGGAUGUCUGGUAUCCUUCCGUCUAUGCCCCCCAAAUCCUGAUGACCUGCAUCUCUGAUGACAAAAGCAUCUCCUUUGCCGGCUGCCUGUGCCAGUUCUUCUUCUCUGCAGGGCUGGCCUGCAGUGAGUGCUACCUGCUGGCUGCCAUGGCUUAUGACCGCUAUGCGGCCAUCUCCAACCCCCUGCUUUAUUCCCAGGCUAUGUCACCGAGGUUGUGUGCAAGUCUUGUUGCAGCUUCAUACAUUGGUGGCUUUGUAAACUCAACUAUCAUCACCAGUGAGACAUUUACCUUGAGCUUCUGUGGCAACAUCAUUGAUGAUUUCUUCUGUGACCUGCCCCCACUUGUAAAGCUGGCAUGUGAGGUGAAGGAGAGCUACCAGGCCGUUCAGUAUUUUAUACUAGUCUCCAACAUCAUGGCGCCCACUGUGCUUAUUCUCGCCUCCUACCUCUUCAUCAUUGCAGCCAUCUUGAGGAUCCGCUCCACCGAGGGCCGCCUCAAGGCCUUCUCCACGUGUGGAUCUCACCUGACGGCUGUCACCUUGUAUUAUGGGACACUCCUCUUCAUUUAUUCCCGGCCAAGCACUAGCUAUGCCCUGGAACGGGAUAAAGUGGUGUCCGUGUUCUAUACUGUGGUGAUUCCAAUGCUGAACCCUUUGAUCUAUAGCUUCAGAAACAAAGACGUCAAAGAUACCUUGAAGAAAAUGUUAGCUAAAAUUAAGUUUUCUUAA